GUGGCGGCGAUUUAUCAUAUAAGUUAGGUUAUAAUAUCGUAUGCAUCAAAAUCAUACAAUUAUUUAUAAGCUAGUUUUUUAAGGAAAAAACACUUAAAUUUAGUGAAUUUGCAGUGCGAAAUCUUUAAAAAACCACAGACGAACACUUGGCACAAACGUUACGUGUGAACGUCGUGGCUUUUGUUUAAUUGUUUUGAAGGAAAAAAGAACUUUGGCAACGUUGAAACCAACCUAAGAUAUUGCCCAAAAAGCAACCAACCGAACACAAGUUAAUUUCUUUGCACCCCGUGUUAAUAAAAAAGCGGCAAGAUUACGUCAAUUAUUGAGAACCUACCCGGCGCCAUAGCUCACAACCACAACCAAAACAACAUCAUGGAGGAAGACGAGAGGGGCAAACUUUUUGUGGGCGGUCUAUCCUGGGAGACGACGCAGGAGAACCUGUCGCGCUACUUCUGCCGCUUCGGGGACAUCAUUGACUGUGUGGUGAUGAAGAACAACGAGAGCGGCAGGUCGCGCGGCUUUGGCUUCGUUACCUUCGCCGAUCCCACCAACGUCAACCACGUGCUGCAGAACGGACCGCACACGCUCGACGGUCGCACCAUCGACCCCAAGCCGUGCAAUCCGCGCACUCUGCAGAAACCGAAGAAGGGCGGCGGCUACAAGGUCUUCCUGGGUGGCCUGCCCUCGAACGUCACCGAGACCGAUCUGCGGACCUUCUUUAACCGCUACGGCAAGGUCACCGAGGUGGUUAUCAUGUACGACCAGGAGAAGAAGAAGUCCCGCGGCUUCGGCUUUCUCUCCUUCGAGGAGGAGUCCUCCGUUGAGCACGUGACCAACGAGCGGUACAUCAAUCUGAAUGGCAAGCAGGUCGAAAUCAAGAAGGCCGAGCCUCGUGAUGGAUCUGGCGGCCAAAACUCCAACAACAGUACCGUGGGAGGCGCCUAUGGCAAGCUUGGUAACGAGUGCAGCCACUGGGGACCGCACCAUGCUCCCAUCAACAUGAUGCAGGGCCAGAAUGGCCAGAUGGGUGGACCGCCGCUGAAUAUGCCCAUUGGAGCGCCGAAUAUGAUGCCUGGCUAUCAGGGUUGGGGCACCUCGCCGCAGCAGCAACAAUACGGCUACGGCAACAGUGGCCCAGGAUCGUACCAGGGAUGGGGAGCUCCACCAGGACCCCAGGGACCACCACCGCAGUGGUCGAACUACGCUGGACCUCAGCAGACGCAGGGCUACGGCGGAUACGACAUGUAUAACUCGACGUCGACCGGAGCUCCUUCGGGACCAUCGGGCGGCGGCAGCUGGAACUCGUGGAACAUGCCACCUAACUCUGCCGGACCCACUGGGGCACCAGGAGCCGGAGCGGGCACCGCCACUGACAUGUACUCGCGUGCUCAAGCCUGGGCGACGGGCGGUCCCUCGACCACUGGACCAGUGGGCGGCAUGCCCCGGACCGGACCCGGUAAUUCGGCCUCCAAGUCUGGCUCUGAGUACGACUACGGCGGCUAUGGAUCCGGGUACGACUACGACUACAGCAACUAUGUGAAGCAGGAGGGCGCCUCGAACUACGGAGCAGGGCCGCGAUCAGCGUACGGCAACGACAGCUCCACGCAGCCACCCUAUGCAACCUCGCAGGCUGUCUAAAGAGAGAAGGAUCGUGUGGAGGAGAAGUAGGAGUAGCGGAGCAGAGAGGAGCGGAGUAGCAUGUCGUCCUCGGCGAAUGAUGAAGAAGACAGAAAAGAUGGUGGUAAUUGUAAGCUAAAGCGUCGUCUGUUCGUUUUUAUUUCAGAUCAGAUCAGUUGUUGAAAUUAAUAUUUAAAACUCUUGUACAACUAUUAUUUAAAGCGAAAAAAAAUUUAACAUGAGAAUAACUAGCGACAAGUCAGAUUCAUAGAUAUACAUGUAUGUUCUAUAGCAGCGAGUAUGUAAUUCAUAGGCGAAACAUCAGCACUCUCACCCAUUUAGACAAGAGAACAUUAUUUCUUUCAUGCGCCUCAUAAACACCACACUCAACAAGCAUUCUCCUGUACCCCACACUCACCAACAAACCAACCAACCAGCCAGGAUCAACUAACAAGAUCUUCCCAACCAACUAAAACCCGUAGACACUUAUGAUACAUGGCAUUAACAAGAAACAAAAUAGAAAUGUGAAGAUAUAAACGUAAUGAUUUACAAAUAUAAAGUUUAGCUAAUUAGACACAAGAAGGUCAAGAAUAGAGCGCGAAAUACCAACACAAAGAACAUAAGAACUUAUAAUUUUAUUUAAAGAGUAAACAAGUAAAGAUCCCCAUUAAUUACUAAAAUUAGUAAAUACAAAUUCGAAAUUGUACAUUUUAAAGCAAAAGCACGUCGUUAGCCGAUCAACUUUCGCCACCACCCGCUUUCUGAAUCAGGCGACAAGGUUUAGUAAGGGUUUGAAAAGGAAUCGAGUCGAAUCGAAUCGGUCGAUUUUGAGAACUUUGCUUGCCUUAGCUUUUAUGACUCAUUGACCGGCCGCGCGGUUCACAGAUAUGGGAGGUUAGUAGUAGUUAGUUUUGUUUUCAGACAAUGGUUGAACCCAAUCGGCAAAUGUUUUACUUGGUUUUAUCGGCAAUAGGUCGUUGGAUGGGAGUGGUGUGGUGGCGAAAUAGGGCGGUACUGACUUGGGAAAGAUACGUUACAAAAUUAAAAAUUUACCAUUUAAAGUAAACAAAACAAAAACUAGCUAAAAGUUAAACUACAUAUAUAAAGAAACCUAAUUAAUAAGCGUACGUGGUCGUUUACAUCUAAGCGAAAGUUGAACUUGAAACUAGAAUUAUAUAGUGCGUUGGAUUUAUUAUUUAGUUAAAGCGAAAUGAAAGAGCCAAGCAGCAGCAGCAUGAUAAUGAUUGAUUAUAAUGGAUAUGGAAACCAACAAAACACACUCUUAACCAAUAUACAUAAAAACUAUAAACAUACUUAUAAACAAUAUAUAUAUAUAUAUAUUUAAAGCGAGUAUAUAUAUAUAAAAGGAAACAAAAAAGGAAAAAAGAGUAAAAAAAAGAGCAAAAGGAAACGUAAAUUUAAAGCUACAGUUAAUGAAAAUAAUGAGUACAGAGUUAAAAAAGGGGAGGCAGGAAGAGAGAAUAGGACAAGUUAAACAAGUUACAAAAUACGAUGCUUAGAGUUGCGUUGCACAUUUUUUUUAAAUUUUCAUCGUUUGCCAAGCAGACAACAACAUCAGCAAAAAAAACCAACAACCAGCUAGAAGUGUGCACUACUGCAAAAUCAUCAGUCAACAACAAGAACAACACCAUCAACACGCACACCCACUCACACUUAACCCCAUUUAGUACCAACAACAAGAACAGCAGGAGCGAAGCGCAGAGAGCAAAGAGGAGGGUAAAGGAAGAGAAUGAGUAGAGAAAAAGAAAGGAGAAGAGAUGAAAAGGAAAGGAAAGGAAAGGAAGAGAAGAAAUUUAAUUGAUUAUGAACAUAACAUAUAUACAUAUAUCUUUAAUUACUUAUACAUAUUUACUCUUAACUACUCUGCACGCUCACUAAACAAGCGUGCAUUGUGUGUAAAACAAGAUGAACGUAAACUAUUUUAAUGAUGAUUAAUGAUUGCGAUUUUACAAUUUAUUAUUACAAAAAGAAUGAUGGAAAAACAACAAAAAACAAAAUGAGAAACAUACAUAUUAUAUGCUAAUACAUUUACCAUACACAUAUAUUAUAAAAUAUGAAGUAAUUUUUUCUAUUAAAGUACCAUACACUAAUUUUUAAUUUGUUUAUUUACAACAAAUCAACUUACAAUACAUACAUUUAAUUACAAUAUACAAUACAAAUACUUUACUUUAUUUUUCGGUGAUUUAUUGCUUAGUGUUCUUCGUAUAAUUUGUACUCUACUACAACAAAACAAAUCCUACAGUUAUAAAUUCCUAAUUUAAUUUUGUUUAAAUUACAAAUACAUAUGCUUACAUUUUAUAACUAAUUAUACAAUUUUUAAAAAAUACCAACACAAAACAAAAGCAAAAGCGCUAAAACAAUGAGUAAACAAGUAAAGUAAACGUGUGAAAAACGUUUCGAUUUUUGAAAAAAAAAACAAAAUCUUUGAAAAUUCAUUGAAUUUGAAUCUUUUUCUUUUUUAUUGUAUCGUUUUGUAACGGUGUGCGUGGCUGAUUGUGCUUGUAUGUGUCCUUUUUUUUUGUUAGUGUUGUCGCCGAGGUCACAUUGAGGUCAGCGAGUGGGCGGCGGGAUGCAGGCGUGGCGCGAGGAUGGAUCAGUUGACCAGCUGAUCGAAAGGCAAAGGAGUUUGAAGUACAUGUAUGAAAAGAAAUGCUUUUGACUUUGGUCAACUUUAUAUUUCGAUCGGCAUUUCUAGUAAAAUUAGCCGCAGGAUCCAUUAAUACCAUCUGGAUUUGCAGCGGUGCUUGAGAAAGAAUUACGAAAACAACCUGAUGUAAUUUAAUAAGAUGAACACAAUUAUUUUCUGGUGGUUUAUAUACCCGUUCAUGAUUUCCGUUUUAAUGCUAUAACCGAUUUAAUAUUAGAAACUCAAAAAAAUUAACGUGAAGUGGAAGUUACGGCAAAAUUAUUAACUAAUUCGAGCGAUUAGAUAUUUUUUAGAAAACAAAACCGAUACACUGACUGUUAAUUGUAAAACAAUUUCAUUUUUUGAACCUCUAUUUUAAAGUUGAAUGCAACAUAGAUUGUUUUUUUUUUUAAUUAACAUAAACGUAAAAACCUAUUCAAAUGAACUACAUACAUAUAUGUGCAUCGUAAACGUAAUAAACAAACAAGAAUAUAUAUGAAUAAACCUACUAUAUACAACUAUAUAUACUAUAUACAUAUUAAUUAUAACAUAUAACGAUUAAACGGUAAAAUAAAUUUAAAUAUUGUAUUAAACAAAGUGUUGCACUUUCAAGCUAAAGCAGAGACAAAACAAAGAGAAUCUAAAAUUAAGUGUAAAUGUUUGUCAGCACACACACCCACACACACACACACACACAUGAAUACACUGAGCAAAAGAACAUUUGCAGCAAAAGUCCAAGUGCAACAUAGGUGAAGGAAGUCGAUAUGUCCAGACAUCCGGAGGAUUCACAUUCACCAGAGUAGCGGAUAAAACACCAUUAAGCGGAUUAUUUCCUUAAGUUUUUCGUUCCCAUUUGAUGUCAUUAUGUGUAUAUGGCUUUUGUUCCUUCAUUAUUGUUGGUUUUCCUAUUGGCCAAUUUGAUGACGGGUUGACAAAAUCGCGAUGAUUGAUUAUUAUCGAGCAUUGUGUAUCGUUUAUCUUUUGAUUUCUACAGCUUAUCGAACAUUUGUGUUGUCUAUUGUUUUGUUGCGUUUCUUUUUAUCAGAAAGCCGAACUUUUCGACGUUUCGAGUGAACCAUGAAUGAAACAAUAAUGUAAGGGUUAUAUUAUUUAACAUAUUGAUAAGCUAACAUACGAAUGAUGCGCCAAAUGCAAACCAAAAUCACUGAAAAGAAUGCGUUUUUGUAUACAUUGUAUAGCUCUACGUACGUAUAUGCCUAACAAAUAGCUCUAGGUGAAGAGAGAAAUGAACUUAAUAAUACUUAUCAAUACUUUCGAUCUUAAGUUUUCUCGAAUUUGUUUACGAAUCGAAGAUGCCGACUGGUACCCAUAGUUAAAAUAAGAGAACACAAAAUGCGGUACACUUCUGAUAACGUUAGAAAGCUAGAAUUUUGAAUGUGUUUUUUCCAAUAUCCGCGAGACCUACCAGGCUUUUCUAAUCCCUCAGAACGAGAGUUGUUUUUAUGUAAUGAAGUACACUUAGCGAUUAAAGACUAGAAUGAUUUGAAAUAAGAUGAGGUUUAACAGAUAUCUAAGCUAAAUUCCUAAGACAAAACGAUUCCACCUAAGACACCUUUUUGUAAUGACUAAAUUUAUAUAGGACAAGAGGUAGAAGACCAACCAAAUAAACAAAAUGAAAUGAAAUGAAAUCAAUAAGAUUAAAGAUCAACAGGCAUAUGUAUGUACACAUGUAUGUGGGUGGCAUGUUUUGUAGCUGUAUAUGAAUUUGAUUAAUUUUUAUGACUUAUGAUUUUCGUUCCUAUCGUAAAAGUAUAGUAAACGUUUUCCGAUCAUUGUGUAGGAUGAAAUUCGUACUCGGUUAAGAGCAGUCAAUGGAAUGGUAAUUGUUAAUGCCUGCAUGUUAGGAGACAAAUGAUGUAUUACUAAGUUAAACAACAGCACACUCAUCCUUUUUAAAGCCCGACUUUCGUUCGUUCUUAAGCAAAAAAUUCGAAACGAGGUAUGUAUAUGGUAAUUUUAAAAUGUAACAAAUGCAGAGAAUAGUGAACAAAAACUAAUUUGUAUGUAGUUAAUAACGGAUAAUAAUAAAUACAAAAUAGACAAAAAUAUGGAAAAACACAGAAAAAAAGAGGAAAACUAAGCAAAAUAACCAAAAUAAAACAAAUCGCAAAAAAAAAAAAAAACAACAAAAUUGAGACUGUAAACGAAAAGGCAACAAAAUGGUAAUGGAGCAGCUUAAAACGAGACGAGAUGUUGAACAGAAAAAGGCUAAAACACGAAACUACAACUCGUAACUCGAAUAAAUCACUGAUGAAUAGGCUACCAAAAUAAGUUCGUAUAAGGUUUUUGUUCACACGCAAAAUUGCACAUUCUUUUGAGUUACUAUCCUAGCCAACUCUGUACAUUUGAUUUCAUCGUUUAUGUUGAUUUUAUGAAAUCAAGUAGACUACUUAAUAUAAAUUUACAAGUCAACAAAUUAAGAGAUUAAUGGAACCGAAUCAAGAUGACGAAGAACUAAGCGUAUGUUAGCCAAAAAGAGAACUUUCGAUGAAUUUGAAUUUUUUACGUACAGAAACAAAAGUAAACUGGAAUCUAAAACUGAUACUGAAAUAGUUAUUUGUACUUAGGUACGAGUAACCCAGAGACACAUAGAAACCUCCUAAAACUGCAUAUACAUAUAUAGGACUUACUUGUAAACCAGAUUGUAACGAUUUUAGGCAUAUAAGUGUUGCGACUUUGGUAUGUAAGGGAAAAGGAAACGGAAACUUGAAGGGAAACUGGAGAGGAAGCUACGUUUUGUCACUUUCCAAGCUUUCAUUUUGACAUAAUUUCAUAAACUUUUCUACACGUACUUUUAGAUCCGAGAUGGUGAGGGAAUAAAUAGGAGUUUAACAUUAGCAUUUGAUGGCAGCUGGGCGAUCGUGGUACAGUGCUUAAGAAUAAACAUUGACGUCAGGAUUUAACUUAACUUAACUUACAUACAUAGAUACAUACAAGGACAUCAACAAAGGAAAAUAAUGAGAGUAACAAGAAGAACUUGAAAAUGAAAUACAUAUAGCGUUGCAAGAUUUUAGUUUACGGUAAACUUAAAGAAAUUUUUUACAAUGUAUUUAUACAUACCUAAAUUUAAAUUUUAAAUUAAUUCUUUAAUGUAAUACGAACACAGUGCCUAAGUAAUAUCAAAACAAAAAUCGAAAAAAAAAAUAAAAAGGAAAUAAGGAUUUAAAACAUACAAAACGAGAAUAAGAGCCGCAAGUAAGGACAUUGUUACUAAUAAUGCUAAACACUUAAGCGAACAACUUUUAAAACAACCGAACAGCAUUCGAGCGACAAAAGAAAAUUCAGCAACUAAAUAAACAUUGCAUACAAAAGUUUAUAAAUAUACAUACAAGUUCUGGUGCAAGUCACAAACGCAGACAAACAAACACACACACACACACACACAUACUAAAUAUGAAAAGAAGAAGAACAGGAAACGGAAGCUGAAGCUGAAAACCGAUCAGAAGUUAAUCCCCAAACAAAUUCGCAUAAAUGUAUAAAUGUAACACAAGCAAACAUGAAACGCAAAAGCGCUAAGUAACAACUAAUUACUAAAGAAAUAAAUAAUGCAACGUACCCCCUACAUACGUCUCGUUUCUCGCACUGGAAUUGCGUACAAGCCACAUACAUAUAUUCUUCCCUUACUCCAUGUAUCCUGUAUCCUUAAAAGGGCUAUUCAGUCAAUAGAUUUGAUUUAUUUGAACAUGCCACGUACUCAAAAUGACAUCAAAUCGAAACUUGUAACCCCUUCGUUUGCAUAUUGGAUUGGUCUAUUAGAAAACCCCGAACAAAGGUUUUUAACUAAAUUGUUUUGCGUUGAAAUCAUUUGCGAAAGAACACACAAAAUACAUGAGGAGUAAAAAACAAUAAAUGAAUUGCAACAAAUUAAUUAUACAUUUUGAAAUUAUAUUUAACGAACAAAAUUAAUGUAGUGUGUAAAGAAAAGCAAACAAAACAUGAAAGUAAAACAAGUUUU